GGGGUUGGGGUUUAUUCCCCUUUUUGUUAAAACUGUAUCUAUUCCUAAACUCCAGUAGUGGAUCCGAAGCCAGCUUCAGCUCUGAGCGUAGAAUCCAAAUCCUGAACCUCAACAACCUGCGGCAUCACCAUCUGCUGGAUUAUCAACAGUAUCACCCCUGUAAUCCGCGUCGAUCACGCCCGCUCCCACAUCAGUGUCAUUCUAACAAACUAACAUUUGCACAAAACACGCCAAAAGGAGUGAAGAUCUAAACAAGCAAUCUGUGUGUGUUCCGCCAUGAACGAAGAACAACAGUGUCUGCUUCUCAGCUCAGCUUCUCGCUUCUGGCCCCCCAAAGGAGUGAAGCUAUCGUACGGCACUGCGGGCUUCAGGGCCGAUGCAUCACUUCUCCAAUCGACGGUGUACAGAGUGGGAAUCCUUGCAGCCCUUAGAUCGCUCAAGACCCGCUCCGUCAUCGGCCUCAUGAUCACCGCCUCACACAACAAAGUCUCCGAUAACGGAGUCAAAAUCGCUGACCCAAGCGGCGGCAUGCUCUCUCAGCAUUGGGAACCCUUCGCCGACGCCCUCGCCAACGCCCCUUCUCCCCAACACCUCCUCCUGUUGAUAAAUGAAUUCGUGGAGAAAGAAGGGAUCUCGGUGGAUGGGGACUGGCAUGUCGAAGUGCUUUUGGGGAGAGACACGAGACCAAGUGGAGAUGCUUUGCUUCAAGCAGCUAAACAGGGCGUCACUUCAAUUGUUGGAGCUGUUGCGACAGAUAUGGGAAUCUUGACAACUCCACAAUUGCAUUGGAUGGUUCGUGCUAGAAAUAAGGGUAUGAAAGCUUCGGAGCAGGAUUACUUUGAACAGCUUUCAAGCUCAUUCAGGUGCUUAGUGGAUUUGAUCCCAGCUGAAAAAUGUAAGUUUGAUGGGGUGAACGACAAAGUGGUAGUGGAUGCAGCUAAUGGGGUUGGUGGAGUGAAACUUAAAUAUUUAGGGAAAUUGUUGAAUGGUUUGAUUAUUGAGGUUCGGAACAGCAGUGAAGAUGGAGGUGUACUGAAUGAUGGAGUUGGUGCUGAUUAUGUGCAAAAAGAGAAGGUUCUUCCAAACAGCUUUGGUUCUAAAGACACCGGGAUAAGGUGUGUUAGUUUGGAUGGAGAUGCUGAUCGGCUUGUUUAUUUUAUUGUGCCACCUGAAAGCAGUGGUAGGAUUGACCUUGUUGAUGGGGACAAGAUACUAUCCCUGUUUGCCUUAUUUAUUAGGGAGCAACUAAGCUUUCUUAAUGAGAAAGAAGACAUGAAAAAUUGCCACCAAGCCCAUCUUGGUGUCGUACAGACUGCUUAUGCAAAUGGGGCAUCUACUAAUUACCUUAAACUGUUGGGACUUGAAGUCAAUUUUACUCCAACUGGAGUGAAAUAUCUGCAUGAAAAAGCCACCGAAUUUGAUAUUGGUAUCUACUUUGAGGCAAAUGGCCAUGGAACUGUCUUAUUUUCAGAAUCUUUCAUAGAGUCGUUGGAGGCUAGAACUAAUGAGAUUUCUUUAGGAUCCAAAGUUUCAGGUUCAGAAGGGGAAAAAGCUGCUCUGAGAUUAUUGGCUGUCAGUAAGUUGAUCAAUCAAGCUGUUGGAGAUGCUUUGAGUGGAUUGCUCUUGGUGGAAGUCAUAUUACAGCAUAUGGGAUGGUCAAUAAAUAAAUGGAAUGAACUUUAUCAUGAUUUACCCAGCAAGCAGCUCAAGGUCAAAGUUGCUGACAGAACGGCUAUUGUUACAACAAAUGCAGAAACUGUGGUUGUGAGCCCCCCGGGUCUAAAAGAAGCCAUAAAUGAAGAAACUGCUAAGUACCCCCAAGGUCGGUGCUUUGUGCGACCAUCUGGCACUGAAGAUGUUGUUCGUGUGUAUGCUGAGGCAUCUACACCGGAAGCAGCUGAUACACUUGCCAACUGUGUGGCUAAGCUUGUGGAUCAAUUCUUAGGGUUCAAUAGCUCCUGACAUCACAACAGCUCCUCCUUCCGUGUCUUUUUAAUUUCCAUUUGACAUUACAACAGAAUGUACUUGGCUUUGAAACUUAGCUAGCCAUCGUGAUUUUCUAAUAAAUUUUCUCGUGCAUUUUACUAAGCUUAUGCGAGAGUAUUUGAAAA